AUGGACGCCUCUCAGCUUGAUUCUCAGCCUCUCUUCUAUUCGCCUGCACUUCCCUCGGAGCUGCUCUGGUACAUAAUCCACCGAUGCAGUUAUCCCACUACUUUGAUUGUUUGCUCAAGUCGGUUGGAGUUUCUUACGGCUUUGGCGAGGGAUAUUAAGGGAGGCCAGCAAGGAGAGGAGGAGCAGGAGUCGCGGGGUCAACGGCGGGAAUGGCAGGAACGGCAACAAAGUUUACACCAGGUUUCAGAACAAGGCACUACUAGUUCCAAAGAUGAAGAAGCUCAAGAGGCGCCGAUACAAGGACAACAUCCACCAACUCAACCACGAUCGCCAUCAAGGAAUAACUGCCCCAACACAACUAGCAGCAAGAUAAACACCAGCACCGGCCCCGGCUCCUGGACCUCCUCCCAAUUCCUCGCCUCCCCCCUCUACCAACUCGCCGUAGCACGACACAUCCGCACAGUCUUCAUUCCCACCGUUUCCCACCUGCGCGCCUUUUUGUCUGUCUUCGACACCAAUACCACUUCCAGUGCCAACAACAACAACAACAACAACAAACAACAACAACAACAACAACAACACUGGACUGCAACCUCUCUUGACAACAACAACAACAACAACAAAAAAGCUCCUUCCGUAACUAAGCGUCAAAUAAUAGUAUACGGCCUCCUAUCCCUACACCGCGAUUCAAGCGAGUGGAGCGUUCAAGGACUGAAUAACACGUUAUCUGUGUUGUUAGAGGCUGGGAGGAGGGUGAGGUUGGGGGUUGGGGUUGUUGAGCCUGUUGAGUAUGAUGAUCAGAAGAGCGAUCUGAGGAGGAGGAGUAUGGAUGAUUUGCUGGGGGACAAGAUGCCGGUUGUGAGUAGGAGUGCUUUGAGGGGUGCUGCUGGGGCUGGGGAUUUGCUGCUGGAAAGAAGUGUUGCUGGGAAGACGGUGGAUGUGAGGAGGGUGUUGGGGCGGUGGUUCCGGUUUGGGAUUGGGGAGUGGGGGAUGGAAAGGGAGAGGGAAAGGGGUUAUUUGAGGAGCUAG